AUGGCGUCCCACAUGAAGAACAGCGCGACGCAGCUCCCUGCCAUGUCGUCGCAGCUGUCGUCCAUCCACAGCGACGACGAAGCUCAACAAGAGCAACGCCACAAGCUGUUUGCAAUGUGUCAACGUCACGAGCUGACUGACGUCGUGCUACUGCUACAACCAGAGCAUCUGGAGUCUCAAAUCGAAGGACUAGACGACGUCCACGAGGUGGCUGCACACCGAGUCAUAUUAGCCACAUCCAGUCCCUAUUUCUACGCUCUAUUCACCAGCGGGAUGAAGGAAUCACAGGAGAUAUCGCCUAGAGUUCCGCUGCCUGGCGUGCCCGUCGGGGCCUUCAACGAACUGCUGAGAUACAUCUAUAUGGGCGAGUUAAGAGUGUCAGGAGACACAAUACUCUCUGUGCUACACGCUGCCAAUCGCCUGGAGCUGGAGGAGGUCGUAAAGAUCUGCUGCAAGCAGUUGAUGCUGGAGCUCAAUGUGAAUAACUGCGUGGACAUUUACAUGUGCUGCGAGCAGCUCCAGAUGAGAGCAGCUUGCAGACUACUAGCACAAGCGGCACGAGCGCUGAUCGACACGUACUUCUGCGAUGUGUAUCAGACUGAAGGCUUCAAGAACUUGUCGCUACACGCAGUGAUGAAGAUUCUCCAAAAAGAGAGGUCUACGAGGGGCGACACUGCAGUCAAGAGCUGGAUGAUGCGUCAUCCCAUAGCCAAACAAAGACAAUUGUCGGAAGUAAUGCAGUUGCCCAGUAGAACGGACGCAGCGCCGAUGAAACGGACUAGUGGCAACGCUAUGGUCAACAGCAAGGAGAGACGCUCGUCCGUGUCUAUCGAUGACUCUAUGGACGUGUAUACUGCAGAUGUAUUGGCGCGCGAGAUUGAAGAUAACGCCAAGCAUCAAUUGACCCCCACAAUGUUCGUCAUUGGAGGGUUUAACAACCCUGGAGCGCUGAAUACAGUGGAGUAUCUGGACUUCCAUCGUGGCGAGUGGUACCCUGCGGCGCCAAUGGCUACAAGACGAUCGUAUAGUGGCGUCGUAGUCUCAAGUGACAACAAGAUAUUCGUCAUGGGAGGUACGAGCAGCAGUUCACAUCAUCAUAAAAGUAUGGAGAUGUAUAAUCCAGAGUCCAAUACGUGGACGUCGAUGCCGUCGAUGAAAGAUCCACGCAGUUACCUUGGAGCGACAGUGGUGGGGGAUUUUAUCUACGCCGUUGGCGGAUUUAAUGGCCAAGCGCAUUUGUCGUCAGUGGAGCGAUUCGACGUUCACACGCAGCAAUGGGAGAGCAUGCCGCCGCUCUCGACUGGACGUAGUGGGCUUGCAGUUGUCGCAUUGAACGGACUGGUGUACGCUAUUGGCGGAUAUGACGGUAGGAAGCACUUGAAGAGCGUGGAAGUGUUCGAUCCUCAGCUCAAUCAAUGGUCGACUGUGGCUAGUAUGCGUCAUGCUCGGAAUGGUCCAGCGGCGGUUGUGCAGGAACAUAGUAACAGUAUUCUGGUCUUUGGAGGGGAAUCUCGUCACGGAGCGAGGAUGAACACAAGCGAGCGAAUGGACUUAACCAGCGGCACAUGGAGUGACGCUGACGGCUUUGCAGACUGUCGUAGUGGCCAUGUGGCGGUCGGUUUUCUAAAGGAGUCGUUCGUCUUUUGCUUGGGAGGGUCCAACAAGAAAGACGAGUACUUGGACGCUGUGCAUCGAUGCGAGCACAGCGUUGCGGACUGA